AUGACUAUUAGAAACCCUCUCGGGGAUCAUGGACAGAGGUAUCGACCACGGAUGGCAUGUCUCAAAAAGGCAGAGAAGGUGCUGCUGGAGAUGCAGGAUCCCAAAACAGGGGUUAAGUCGCAGCCUCAGCGGCUGGUCAUGACAACAAUACCGCACGCUAUCGCUGGUGAAGACAUAAUCGCCUGGUUAGUGGACAGAUUCAAAAUAGAUGCAGAAGAGGCGAAGGCUUUCGGCUCUAUGCUGGUGGCGUUGGGAUACAUCUACCCUCUAAUACACCACAAACGCUUAGUGAUUAAACCAGAUGCAUCUCUCUAUCGCUUCCAGACACCAUAUUUCUGGCCUACACAGCAGUGGCCCGUUGAGGAUACAGAUUAUGCAAUCUACCUGGCGAAAAGAAACAUACGUAAGAAAGGAGUCCUGGAGCUGUAUGAGCAGGAGCGGUACAACCAUCUUCACAAGUGGAUGAAUCACAAAUGGGAUUUCAUAGUGAUGCAAGCUAAAGAGCAGUACAGGGCUGCGAAGGAAAGAAAGAAGCCGGACCGCGUGGUGUUCGAAUGCCAGGAGAGAGCCUACUGGGUGGUUCACAGACCGCCGCCGGGGACAGUGAGUGCCAUGGACUAUGGACUGGAGAGACGAGUAGAUCCUGACUCAGAUGAGACAAAAACGCCCGACCACUACGAAAGAAUCAUGAUCUUUACCCAGCAGUCCAUCAUGAGGCCCAGAGUGAAGACAUCUGUGUCUCUCGGAGCAAUAGUGAAAUACUGCACCACCUACAACGGCCACGACCCUUUCUUUUCCAAGGUUCUUCCCAGCAACCCCUGGCUCACUGACGAUGACACGCUGUGGACCUUGAACAUGCUCACUGUGGAAAUCCCAACGAGAAUGCGUGUGGAGAAGUGGACGUUCAGCUUUGGAGAGCUGCUCGCAGACCCUCGAGGGCGAGAUGAUUUCAGACUCUUCCUGAAGAAAGAAUUCAGCAGUGAAAACUUGGCUUUCUGGGAAGGUUGUGAGGAUCUGAAGUGGGGAACAGCAUCGACAAUGAAAGAGAAAGCCGAGUACAUGUACAAGACAUUCCUGGCCCGUGGUGCACCUCGGUGGAUCAACAUUGAUGGAAAGACAAGGGAAAUCACAGUGAUGGCCCUGAGACAUCCACACAGAUACGUCCUGGAACCAGCUCAGAGUCAUAUCUAUAUGCUCAUGAAGAAGGACAAAUACGGUCGAUACAUAAAAUCUCCGGUGUAUAAGGACAUGUGUAAGAGAGCCGUUGAUCCUCAGGAGCAAACGUUUACUGACGCCCAGUUGGCGCAUAAUGCGAAGAACAGGCGGCCCAGUCCCAGCCUCAUCAUCCUCCAGCAGCAGGAGGAGGAGCGGAAGGCCAAGCUGGCUGCCAGUGCCCCUGUAGACAUCACACAGCUGUGUCGCUUCACCACCCCUGUCCCCCACCUUGCUGUGUACUCCGGCAUCAUCGACUCCCCUCCUGCCAACGCCUCACCCUCCCUACCGUUCCUGGCUCACACCCCAGCCUGCCCGUCCCCCAUCAGUGUGGCCUUAGACAGCACCUCUGCCUCUGAGCGGCGAGUGGAAGCAGGUGAAGGGGAGCGUGAGGGGAUCCCUGAAACUAGACCCCCCCCAGGAGGAAAUGUGUCCAAGUCUCGCAUGACUCUCUCCCUGCGGCGUUUGCUGAAGCGAGGAUGCACCCCUUCCACCAUGUUUGCCAGCCUGUCGCCUAAAUGCCACUCAGCUGCUGGGACAAGCAGUCGCAUCCAGCCAAUCAGCCCAGAUCAACCCAGCCAGGCUCCACCCAGGAGGAUUGGCAACUUUUUCCAGAUUAAAGUGGAUAUUCCUCCAGAGUGCCGCAUCUACCCCAUAGAGUCUGAGGAUGAGGAGGAGGAGAACCGGGCCUCCUCUCGGGGAGCCAAAGAGAUCAUUUGCCCCUGGGAGAGUCUCACUCCGCAGAAUGGGACCGGCUAA